AUGGCAAAUCAGAAGCAUGACUACGACGUGCUGGAAGUGGUGCCAAAGUGGGAAAUUACCAAGAUCUAUCUCCGGUGUUUGCUGGCCAACUUUGCAAUACUUCUCAAGUGGCUGUACGAGAGUGUUAAGUGCAAGGUGAAUCCGACCGCGAUCAUGCGGCGCACGGUCGAACGGACGGACUUUCCCAACAAACCACCGUUCUUCAUGACGGACACCAAUUUGGGCAGGCAUUCGUACGUGAAGCUUGAGAACACAAAGCUACAUUUCGUAGAGGCCGGCAGUCGAAGUAAUCCCAUCGUGUUGCUCUUACAUGGUUUUCCGGACUGUUGGUUUGGUUGGCGCUAUCAGAUACCAGAGCUGACACAUUAUUUUCACGUUAUCGCACUGGAUUUAAAAGGAUUCAAUGACUCCGACAAACCGCACUGGCGCUUCGAGUACACGCCGAAAAAAGUGUGUGAAGAUUUGCGCAAGUUUCUGAUAGCCAUCAGUGCUAAAAGUGUAUCCAUCAUAGGCCACGAUUUGGGAGCAACCAUUGGUUGGCUGUUUGCCCAUACAAAUCCAGAAAUGGUUGACAAGUUUGUUAGCGUUUCGACUCCGCAUCCGAAUUUACUAUGGGAUAAUCUUCCCAAAGGUUCCCCGUUCAAUCGGAACUGGCUAGAAUUUGUACAGUUACCGAUGCUGCCAGAGAUGGAACUGAAACAUACCGCCGAUAAAGUUUUGCGUCGCUGUCAUUCCCACGUUACUAAGGAGAAACUCUACCUAUCCGGCACUAAUGGCACCUUGACGAACAACCUAAUGGAGGCGUACCUGUACAGCUUCUGCCAAACGGAUGACUGGCGAGGACCCUUGAAUUACUAUCGCAACUUUCUGUUCUAUCGUGUGCGUGACGGUGAAAUCAUUCAGUGUCCCUGUCUGAUCAUUACCGGGAACGAUGAUCGAUUUUACAAGCUAGAAACGGUCGUGAAGAGUUCUGAGUUUUGCGAAAAUUUUAUCAUCAAAAUUAUCGAACAGUGUGGCCGUGCACCGCACCAAGAGAUGGCGACAGAGUUUAACAGUACCGUGCUAAAGUUUCUAAUCGGUAAAAAAUACUCUCAGAAACCAACGGACGUACAGCCUGCACAGGCGCGAGGGCUUGUAGGUCGCAUGUUUGGUGGCAUUGGAACCGUUGCGAACAACACGGUAAAGCUUGGCAAUAAUCUGCGUGAAACGUACGCGUUUGCAAAUCCACUCAACAGUGUGCCAAACUUUAUGAUCAAAGGAUAACCAGAAUC